AUGGCCCAUACGUCGGCCUCAACGACGUCGUCGCACAACUCCUCAUCCUCACACCUUCACCAUUCCCCCUCGCUGGACGACCGCGACUACGACGACGAUUACUCGGGCGGGAAAUCGACCCCGAUCAGGACGCCCUCUAGAUCUUCCAGCAGCAACAUCGAUGACGACAAGGGCGGCAACGAGCUAGAUGACGACGCCCAUUUUCCCUUAGCAAUCCGCGAACCCCCAGAAGCGCAUCGAGAAGGGGACACGAAGCUUUUCGGUCUUGGCAAUUUUACCCAACACCGUACGGACACAUCUAGAAGAGGCGAGAACGACGGCGGUCAAGAUUGCCUCCAAGACGACGACGCUUUCGUAUUAGAGCAAGAUCCCGCAGGGAUGUCUAGCUGGGCGGGACAGCCCUCCAUUAGGGGGAGCUCAGAGGCCAUGCGAAUGGUGCUCUUGACCUUCAACACUCUUGGUAUCACAGCAACACCUCGCUGGUAUGGAUCGCAGGGCCAUUAUCGGGACUCGUAG